UUCUUUUUUUCUUCUCAGAAUAAUGGCAUAUUUUUCCUUUAGUAGCUUUAAUGACUUUCAAUCCCUAGAAAAAGGUUAAAGGUGGCAGAUUCUCACGCAGCCUUUAAACCAUUAUGGUUUUCUCAGAUAAGCAAAUCAUCAGUAUUUUUACCUUCCAUUAUUUCUCAACCAUGUUCUCCCUUUUGUUUUCCCCCACUCCUUCUGUUCACCUCCUCUCCUGCUUCUCUCUUAACUGUCAUCUGCCUCUUUCUCCUUGUUUGUGUGUGUAUUGUUGGUACCCCACCCCAUCACCCUACUUCCCAACACUAGACUACGCUGAGCAGCUGCGAAUUAUGCAGAAGACCAAGGAGAAGCUUGAAAUUGCAUUAGAAAGGCAUCAGGAUUCAUCCAUAAAGAAACUUCAGGAACAGAAUGACUCUCAUCAGGUCAGCAGAGCCAAAAUGGCGGAGGGGAUGGCUUUAGCGCUGGAGAAAAAGGAUCAGGAGUGGAUGGAGAAAAUGGCCAAUUCAGACAAAGAGAAGGCUGCCCUGUCAGCUCGGCUAGAGGAGAUGAUGGAACAAAGCUUAGCACUCUUUCAAAAAAGGGACGACCUGGAUGAACUGGAGGGCUUUCAGCAGCAGGAGCUCGCUAAAGUUAAACACAUGUUGCUGAGGAAGGAAGAACUGCUGAGCCAGCAAGAGCGGGAACUUCAGCAUAAGGAGGCUGAUAUUCAGUCGGCAAAGCGAGGGCUGGCCGAGGCUCGGGGGAAGCUCCAGACUCUGGAACGGCAGCACGAGGAGAGCUGCAGACUCAACUCUGAGCUGGAGAUAGAGCGAGAAGAGCUGCUGCUGCUCAGAGAGGAGGCUGACAAGAAGGUCGGCGAGCUAGAGGGACGAUGCCAGGAGCUGCAGUCAGUCAUCCAGCAGGUCUCUGAAGACUUCAGGAAGUCACAGAGUAUGGUUUCCACGUUGGAGAAGUCCCUCCAUGAAUUACAGACAGAACAUGAUGCUCUGAAGCUGCAGCAGCAAAAGGCGGCUGUGACGGUGGAGGACAAGGAGCGCUUGUUGGUGGAGCUUCAGAAGAAGGCAACAUCGUUGGAGAGACGACUGCAGGGGAACCUGAGCCAGGAUGAGCACCUACAGGAGCUGCUGCAGGAGAAGUCUAGUCUGGAGCAAAGUCUGGACAGGACGAGAGCAGAGCUGCUGGCUGUCCGGACAGACCACGCUGAUGCCGUCAGCUCUCUGGAGGCUCAGGUGUCGAGGAUGAGUGUCACCAUUACUGAGCUGCAGACUCUUCUGCGACACAAAGACGACUCGUCCAGGGCCUACAGAGAGAGGACAGACACACAAAUUGCUCAGCUGGAGCAGCAGGUUGUAGAGAGCAGUGAGAGGCUGAGCAGUGCACAGCAGCAGAUCGCAGAGAAGCAGCAGAACAUGGAGAAACUGGAGGGAGAGCGGAGUGCAGAGAAGGCCUUUCUGGACCAGCAGCUGUCUUUGUUGGAGCAGCAGAGUCGGGAGAAGAUGAGCCGACUGGAGGACUGUGUCGCCUCUUUACAGAAGGACAAACAGACACUACAGACCCGGCUGGCUGAUCUGGACAAGCAGGUGGAUGAGGUGGACUCUGUUCUGAAGCAGCGGACAGAGGAACUGGAGCAGUGCAGGGUGGAGCUAAACAGCCGACAGACGCUGAGCACAGAAAUCGCCAAAGCUCUGGAAGAAACCAGACGACAGAAGGAGGGCCUGCAAACACAGGUUGCAGAGCUGAGUGCGGCUCUACAGAGCUCACAGCAGGAAGUGACCGCUGUCACUGAGAAGCUAGCACUCAGAGAGGAGGACAUCAGAUCCCUGCAGAAUGAGGUGCAGGGGCGACAGGCAUCCCUGGUGGAGGUGCAGGAGGAGGCUGAGCGGCUGAGAGCCCAGCUGGAGCAGGUGCAGCUGGACAAAGACUCCCAGGUCACCAGCCUGAAGGAGGAGCUGCUCACACAGACUCAGCAGCUGGACAGCUGCCAGGCUCGGAUCUCCUACCUGGAAGUGGAGGUGGAAACCCUGACCGAGCAGCUCCACAGUCAUAGUGUAGUCUGUGAGGAGGAUCAGAACGGCAGCGUGACCGUGGAUGACCUGGAUCACAUCCAGAAAGUCAACAGAGAGCUGGAGCAAGAGCUCAGCGACAAGAACAGGACCAUAAAGCAGCUGCAGCAGAGACUGGCAGAACUGAAGAGGACUUUGCAGAAAGAACUGAAAUUAAAACCUGAGUCAGAAGCUGAAGGGAGGGAGAAGCUACCUGAAAGCAGAGCAGAAAAGCCGGAGAGGGUUUGUCCUGACCCUGCACCUGCAUCCACCCCGAGUCCCCCGACCUCCAACACCACAGUGACCAACACCUCGGACCUCAAUGACUCAAGAGAAAUUAAUUUUGAGUAUCUCAAGCACGUCGUCCUCAAGUUCAUGUCAUCCAGAGAGGCAGAGGCAUACCAGCUGAUAAGAGCUGUAUCUGUGCUGCUGAACUUCACUCGAGAAGAAGAGGACAUGCUGAAGCAAACUCUGGAGUACAAGAUGUCCUGGUUUGGAUCGAAGCCUUCUCCAAAGGGAAUCGUCCGCCCUUCUAUCUCAGGAUCAGCUCAUUGGAGCUGAUUUUACAGCAGAAAGAGCUGAAGUGAUGGAGAGACUGAGAAAAAGACAGAGCACCUCCUUCCUGUCUAGCUCCCAUCACUGAGCAGGACUCCAGCCUCCCAGUUUUUCCCUGGCUCUGUGGGAGGUACUGAUGUGAGGACAGAGGGGCUGCGCAUCAUCAUUUAGGGACGAAGGCUUACUCAUAAUCAGUGGUGAUUUUUAAAAUGACGUUUUUGAUUUUUCUUCAAUCAUAUGACACUAAUCUGAUGGUUUUUUGUCAGCAAAAAGUGAGUUACUAUGUGAGACAUCACACAGGAGUAACGCUCUGUUGUUUUUGGGGUUAACUUGUUGUUUAUCACUUCAUUUUAAAUCAGAGGGCUUAUUUAAUGAAAACGGGUCACUUUACUGACCCGUACAGUUGGCUUUAGUAUCAAUGAGUCUAUUUAAUGGUAUAUAAAUGGUUCACACUGGUGUCAGAGGACCAGCUGUUCUCACAUUGAAGAAUGCUGCAUUGGAAACUGAAAGUCUUCUGUGGGUCACACAAACCUUUGAUUACAUCUUUAAUCAACACAGUGUCUUUCGCCCCCGAGCAGAGCAAACCUGUGCCCAGGUGUUUGGGUUCAAUGGAUUCAUUUUGCUUCUCUUGCUGUUGAUCCUCCAUUAAUAGUUCUUCUUCCAUUUCUCUGCCACUGAUGAGGUUUUCGGUCAACUGAGUCACCCAGAGACGAGAGGAAUAAAACACAACCAGUUCAAAAAUUGGUCAAUAUAGAAAUCUCUCUAAUUAAUCAAUACUUUUAUUUUAUUUAUUUUUAAUUUGAUUUUAAUACUUUGUUGAACAUUUUUAAUGACAAACUUUAAAGGUGAAUUAAAUGACCUGUGGUCCACCUGCAGUACCUGCUUUGCUGUCUAGGCUGCAACUAACCACACUCUGGGACGCAACAAUCAAAGAAAUCAAGGCUGUGAGUAAUGUCCAAUAUGAUCAUCAUAAUCCAACAUUUUCCUAAAAGAUGGCAAUGCUGACCUUUCUCCAGCUUCCAUGCAUGUUGAACUGUAGUUGCUCUCUGUACUGUGGUGGAUUAAAGAUGUAAGAUCACCCGUGUAAUACCAAUAUGUGCCACAGUGUGGUGCAGUCACAUUCUGAUUCGCAGAGGCAGCCCGGGAAAGAAGACUGACGUGAAAGCUGUUUGAUACUCUGAGUCUGAUCUCCACGGGCGUUUUUCUUUUUCUCUCUCCUUUAACACCAGUGUGAAAAAUAUAGGCUGUAUAUAAAUUCAACUGAAAUAAUACAACUGUGGUCAAAGUUUUC